AUGUCCGUCUUAUCCGACCCGUUCUCCCUUGCGCCGUAUCCAGAGGACUACUGGACCAGGAUCGAGUCGAGGAGAUGCUGUAAGGGUACUGGAGCGUCGUUUAAGGUGAAUUGUGUUGAUGUCGAUUCCGCUCAGCAGGCAACCACCACCGAAUUCAAGACGGUAGCAGAGCUGCAAUCGUACGCCAGUAUUAGUGAGGCAAAUAAGAGGAGAAGUUUCAAGACGAGAGUUAUAUCAAUCGACCAAGCAAACUCAUGGAGGCCUCUGAAUAUCACAAAAGAGAUGCUGGAGGAGGUCAUGAAAUUUGCUUUCAUUUCAGCCGAGUUUCUCGAAAUCGCCCUGUGCUUCUUCGAGAAAUCCGUCUCUCUUGAGGAGUCUUUCAGCAGUGCACCACUGUUCAAGUGCAAUGCAGACAGCAUCGAAAUUGCAUAUAUUUGCAAAUACGUUUUCUUCAAGCCUAACGACGAGGAAAAGGACCCUUGGUCUUUGCGCCAGACUGGCGUGUUCCAAAGAUAUGAUCUGAGAACGAAGCAAUCCACCUGGGUUUUUCUCCAUCCAACCAAGAAAUCCCUGUUCCAGACGCGGCUGGAGCAGAUCGUGACCUCGCAGCAGGAGUGCCUCAAGCUCCAGGCUCACCCUCUUCUCCUUCACAAUGUCCUACUGUCGACGGUCUUCCCGCAAUGGAGGGAGUGUCUGGCGUACUAUGAGCACAAAGUUUUGAGAUCGUCAACCUCGACAAUGACUGUACACGUCCAAGACUCGUUGCAGAUUGACCACCAGACGCUGAAGUCAGUCCGGUUCGUGGAGAAUCGUUGCCAGUCGUUUCAGACCAUCUUUCAUUCACUAGGGAAGCUGUUUGAAACGGUACGCAAAGCGAACAAUGCUUUACUCGGAGCAAGAAUCCUGGAACCCCCGGAAAAACAGGCCUUGGAUCAGUUGUUGGAUAACUACUUGACCCAUCUGGAUGCCUAUCGUCGAAAUGCGGCCUAUCUGCAAGGGUGGGCUGCGAGAACUGCGCAGCUGGUCAUCGACACACUUUCAUUGAUCAAUGCACGGACUGUGCAGGCGCAGAGCGAAUACAUGUUGAGCUUGACCAAGUCUGCUGUCGACGAUUCCACUGCUGUGCGAGUCAUCACAAUUGCGACCCUGAUCUACCUCCCUCCAACAUUCAUGGCAACGGUCCUCGGCAUGAAUCCGUUUUUCAACGAGGAUUCACAUAACAACCUUGUAGUAUCACAUCAAUUCUGGAUAUUCGUGGUGUGCUCCGUUCUGCUUACAGUGCUUACAGCGGCAGCAGUGCUGUAUUGGUGGAUAAGAAGGAGGAAGUUGUACGGUGGAUUUGGACAGGAUGACAAGGCAGCCCUUAGUGUUUGA